AUGAGAAAUCACUUUACCGUCGAUCGUGAGCAGGCAGAGUAUCGCCCGAGCCGGUGGCUGCUCGCCAGCGCAUGGAAGCGGCAGCCCUUGUGCGAAGUCAAUGAUGUCUGCUUCCCACCUUCGCGGAUGAACUCCAAGCCAUCCUCCGAAACGGCUCUCACCGAGCCUGCUUCGUCGAGGGAGGUGGCCACACGUGCCGUCCACAUCACGCUCCGGGGACUCGACGCAGCUUCCUUCUACGAUGUGCGCUUGGCACUGUCCUCCGCGGGACGGCGAAGUUCACCUCAGAGGUUUCAAACGCUCGCCGUCGCGCCGCCUCUGACAGAUGCCCCGCGCCUGCAGUGCGCCAGGUACGAUCGCCUCUUGCUGAAAUGGGCCAGCCCCACAACGCAGCAGGACGAGGUACUGGGCUAUGUCGUGCGCUACUACGAUACAGAGCCACGCUGGCCCGUGAAGAACGAGAAGGAGGUGAAGCUGGCCUCGAGACUUCUGAAGCCCAGCGAGCAGACGGCACAGUUCCUGGAAGGCAGUGCUGCCAUGUCGGUCGCCAAGACCGACGGAGAGAUGGGAGGCAGUCCAGAGCCUGCCCAGCGAAGCGGCGAUGACGGCGAGAAGGAGGUGCAUUACUGGCUCACGGGCCUAUCUGCUUCGCGGAUGUACCUCGUCCAGGUCGCGGCAAAGACUGCCUGUGGUCAAGGCGAGUGGUCUCCGAAGAGCGUCCCACUCUUCACCUGGCGAAAGGCCCCACAGGUCGCCAUGCCGCAGCUCUUGGCCGGUAGCCACGCCUCCUUGGUCUUCGGCCUCACGUUCCAGAGCCCAGAGGACCCAACGAAAGGACAGGACGAGGAGGUGGAACGCUUUGAGCUCACGCUGCAACCGCUGCAGCGCGGUGCAGAGACGCGGCACCUGGAGAUCACGUGCGCGGCAGCCGCGCAGUUGGCCGCAGAGGUGAAGCCGAGGCUUUCGAGCAUGCUCGGGCUUUCGGAGGAGGCAUUCCCCUCCCACGUUGUUGUGGCGAGCCAGCUGCAAGAUCGGAGUGCUUACUCCUGCACGGCCAUGGCCAUCACACCAGCCGGCAAUGGCCAGUCAUCGCAGGCGCUGCGGGCAGAAACCUUGCCUGUGCCUCCACCGAUCACUGGCCUUUGUGUUGAGACAGUGGACCACCGGUCUGCCACCAUUUCCUGGCGGAUCUCUCCGAGUGCGGAUCUCGAACGCACAGAGCUUUGUCUCGGCGAAGAUGCGGAGGAGGAGCGAGGCCAGCGCAGGCUGCGAGGCUUCCGCGUGCGCUUGAGCUACGAGCCGGAGCUGAGAACCACAGGAGGCGGCAUUCGCGCGCAGCCGGCCUGGACCGAGAGCAUCGGCGUCCGAGCCUCCGCUGCGGAGCGGCUAGGGACCGAGCCAGGUCUUUUGCGCUACAGGCUUCGAGACCUCAAGUCUUGCAGCACUUGUUUGGUGCAGGUGAUGGCAGUGGCUCAUGGAGAAGGUGACGGCGAUUGGUCGGAAGCUGUACAAAUCUGCACAGAAGCCCUGGCGCCUGAAGUUCGAGGCACCCCGGUGAACGAGCAGAUUCUGCGGCAGAGUGCCUCGCUGAAAUGGGUGACGCCCAAAGAAAUUCAAGGCGCCCCUGUCUGUGGAUACAAAGUGCACCUGACCAAGACUCGCGAGCGUGGCCGCGGUGCCACACGGGAGUUCGAGUUGCCGCUGCCUCUCGGACUGUGGAUGUAA